AUGCUCCGGUCAGCCUCAGAGAACAACAUCGAUCUAUACGCUGACUCUGUGACCGUGUCCUCAGAGCAUGUGUCCUCAGAGCACGUGUCCUCAGAGCACGUGUCCUCAGAACAUGUGUCCUCAGAGCAUGUGUCCUCAGAGCAUGUGUCCUCAGAGCAUGUGUCCUCAGAACAUGUGUCCUCAGAACAUGUGUCCUCAGAACAUGUGUCCUCAGAACAUGUGUCCUCAGAACAUGUGUCCUCAGAACAUGUGUCCUCAGAGCACGUGUCCUCAGAGCACGUGUCCUCAGAACAUGUGUCCUCAGAACAUGUGUCCUCAGAGCACGUGUCCUCAGAGCACGUGUCCUCAGAGCAUGUGUCCUCAGAACAUGUGUCCUCAGAGCAUGUGUCCUCAGAACAUGUGUCCUCAGAACAUGUGUCCUCAGAACAUGUGUCCUCAGAGCAUGUGUCCUCAGAGCAUGUGUCCUCAGAACAUGUGUCCUCAGAGCAUGUGUCCUCAGAGCACGUGUCCUCAGAACAUGUGUCCUCAGAACAUGUGUCCUCAGAACAUGUGUCCUCAGAACAUGUGUCCUCAGAGCACGUGUCCUCAGAACAUGUGUCCUCAGAACAUGUGUCCUCAGAGCACGUGUCCUCAGCGCAUGUGUCCUCAGAGCAUGUGUCCUCAGAACAUGUGUCCUCAGAGCAUGUGUCCUCAGAACAUGUGUCCUCAGAACAUGUGUCCUCAGAGCAUGUGUCCUCAGAACAUGUGUCCUCAGAGCAUGUGUCCUCAGAACAUGUGUCCUCAGAGCACGUGUCCUCAGAACAUGUGUCCUCAGAGCAUGUGUCCUCAGAACAUGUGUCCUCAGAACAUGUGUCCUCAGAACAUGUGUCCUCAGAGCACGUGUCCUCAGAACAUGUGUCCUCAGAACAUGUGUCCUCAGAGCAUGUGUCCUCAGAACAUGUGUCCUCAGAACAUGUGUCCUCAGAACAUGUGUCCUCAGAACAUGCGCAGACCAGCUGGCCGGUGUGUUUACCGACAUAUUCAAUCGCUCCCUGUCCCAGUCUGCUGUCCCCACAUGCUUCAAGAUGGCCACCAUUGUUCCUGUACCCAAGAAGCAAAGAUAACUGAACAAAAUGACUAUCACCCCGUAACACUCACUUCUGUCAUCAUGACGUGCUGAGAGACUAGUCAAGGAUCAUAUCACCUCCACCUUACCGGCCACCCUAGACCCAAUUCAGUUUGCAUACCGCCCCAACAGGUCCACAGACAAUGCAAUUGCCAUCACACUGCCCUAUCCCAUCUGGACAAGAGGAAUACCUAUGUAAGAAUGCUGUUCAUUGACUACAGCUCAGCAUUCAACACUAUAGUACCAUCCAAGCUCAUCAUCAAGCUGGAGGCCCUGGGUCUCAACCCCUGUGCAAUUGGGUCCUGGACGUUCUGACGGGCCUCCCCCAGGUGGUGAAGGUAGGAAACAACAUCUCCACUUCGCUGACCGUCUUACGGGCCCUCCGAGUGUGGUGUCAGGAAAACAACUUCUCACUCAACGUCAACAAAACAAAGGAGAUGAUCGUGGACUUCAGGAAACAGCAGAGGGAGCACCCCCCCUAUCCACAUGGAAAGGACAGCAGUGGAGAAGGUGGUAAGUUUUAAGUUCCUCGGCCUACACAUCACAGACAAACUGAAAUGGUCCACCCACACAGACAGCGUGGUGAAGAAGCCUCAACAGCAUCUCUUCAACCUCAGGAGGCUGAAGAAAUUUGGCUUGUCAUGUUACGUUCCCCAGUUUAUGUUGUAGUUUGUGUAUUUGCACCUGUUUAUUUCAGGAAAUGGCUUCCUGAAAUCCCUCAAGCAGCUGAUUGGUCGACUCCAUGGCUAAUUGGAGAGCUGACCCCGCCCCCUCGUCAAGACACAGCUGUCUCCAGUUACACAUUCAUUCUGAAGCUAUAUAAAAGCCAGAGUUCUGUUCAGCAGGUUCAUUGCUGGGGAUCAUUGCUGGGAGGUCAUUGCAGAGAGAUUGAAUGUGAUAGAGAAUCAUUGCUGAGAGAGGAGGCUGAUGGCUGUGGAUAAUUUACUAUGUUAGUUGUUGGUGGCACUUGGUAUGUUCUGUGAGUUUGUUGCUCAGAUAGAGCUUAUUUGAUGUCCUUUGUUUCUUAGUUUGUUUGAGAAAUGAUUUGUUCUCCUGUUUCAUUUGUUCCCAGGGGGGAAGGGGGAGGCACCUAGGGGGG